UUCCGGUUUAAUCAAUCUUGAGUGGAUAUUUCAAAUGAUAUCCGAUGAGAUCGACAAAGCUCCUAAGCACAUCUAUCUGGUUGACAUCGUUCCAAACCUAAGGUUCCUUCUACGAUGUGGGGCACUCACGGGGGAUCCGGAAUAUGAACUCAGCAAAUUCACACAGAAGUACCCAUCAUACUUUGCGUUGAACCUUGCCAUCCACGAAAACAAGAUUCUUGAAGAAGCUAAAGCACAUGGAGCUAAACACCCUGAUAAGAUGAAGGAAGGCGGACAGAGUGAUGAAGCCGAUUCAUCAAGACUAGCAAGAAGAAACGUAUUGUAUCAGAACAGUGUUAAGGCGUGGCUAGCAUAUUUCCGUAAUGAACAUCGGUUGGUAACAGUUGAUGUCUCUUGCGGUGUGAGUGAUCUCAUCUGGCAUAGAGUAUGUGAUUUCUUUGGACAUGAUCUGGAAUGUUUGCCAAAGAAGACGGUCAAUACAGUAGUUUUAUUCGCUUUCAAUGGGUAUGACUAUUCAGCAAUAGAUAUGCAGAGAUAUCAUAUGGAGCUCAUUCAUCUUAAAGACGUACUGCCAAAACCAGAUAUGCUACCGGAUGCUGCUCUCCACACACUAAGCUUACACAUUGACAAAACGGCGCCCACGGCAGAAUCAUUCUGCGUUGACCUGACGGACACAUCAAUCACAAAAGACAUGGAGAGGCUGGAUCACUCCAAGCGAGAGUUCCGGAGAGAGAUGAGGUUUAUUGAAUGGGAAGACACGUACUUGGACAAAUACAUCUUCAUUAGCUCGGAGAAAAAGGAAAGGGGUCGCAAGACUAGUCUCUUUGUCCAGACCUUCAAAGUCAUCGCUACCACAGAAAACGAAGUGUGUCUUUUCCCACCGGAGACCGACGUCGGACUCUGUCAGGAUUUGGCCUUCUCAUUCGGUCAUCACAGACACCCCUCUGCGAGAUAA